UUACUAUAGAAUUAUCGUCACGGAACUGCACAGUGGAUGUGUAGGACACCAUGAUUAAAUACCUCUUUUUAACAUAUACACUAAAGAAUUAAUCGUAACAUCAAUUACUUCGAACAACGGGUAGCGGUCAUAAAGACAAACUACUAUCAUAUGUUUCUCGCCUCGAAAUUCAGUAACAUAAUUAGUGAAUGAAACUAUAACUUUAAUAUGAGUGAUAUUAUAUGGGAAAUCGGACCGUGAAAAUGGAAAUUGAAAUAGAAUAGAAAUGUCAAAAUUUCAAGAUCGUUUUUGUUUUGGUAUAAGGAGAGAGUCGUCGUUCGGUGGAAUACAAAUGCAAAGAGACAAUAAAGAUCGUAUCCCGAUAUCUCUCCAUCGAGAAAAGACUCUUAACCCUGAGAGAAGUGUUUAUUCAAUUCAGAGGGAAAAAUCAGUUCGUGGCGACAAAUUGUGCUUUAAUUUUCCCAGAGAAAGGGCGUUCCAGGCGACACAGCAAAGAAAAACCUUCAGAUUUGAGAAACUUUGUGGUUGGACUACACCCGACAGUGGAGAAGGUGUCGUUGAAUGGGUGAAGAUACAAUUACUGAUACAGGCAAAGAAAGAUAGAAAACUUCGAAUUACUACUGAAGAUUUUGUUUUCCGACAUGUCCCGAGGCGCCGGUGUUCUGGACAUUAUGAUGCCGAAACUUUUGAGAAACAUAGUCUUCAUUCAAACUUCUUUGUCACUGAAAAGAAAGAAACAGAACAGAAACCGACAAAGAAUAGAAAUCAAAGUGCAGUAAAAUCUGCUCAGUCAAGUUCUGUUUCAGAUAAUGAUCACAAAAGAAGACUUCUUAGGAGCAGAAGUAAGGAUGAUAUGGGGAUCAUCUCAAAGUCACAAAGCAUCCCGGAAGAUUUCGAGAAAUUACGACCGACAAAACGUUGUAGAAGUGUUAGCACUGAAGACGACAGUGCAUGGACUAACCCUGGUAAUACAUCUAAACUUAAACGACUCCUUAAAUGUGCCAAACUAUAUCAAUCAAUAGAUAAUGGGGUGUAUGAUGAGGAAGAUGAAGGGUAUGGAUCUAAAUCUUCUAGUGCGGACGAAAAGUUAAAUAGAGACAGGAAAUUUACUUGUAGGAAUAAGGAGACAGACUUAAGUGGUUGGGCUAUGCCAUAUUUAGAUCUUGAUAGUGACUUCAAGUCUUUCAACUCAGCUCGUAAGCCUACCAAGUUUUCGUAUACGCACCAAAGUACUCUCAGGUCCCAGUUAUAUGGGGACUCUGAAGACGAAGGUGUUAAAGACCUAGACACCGACAGGGCUGAUAUACUGUCUGGUCCAUUCAAAUACUACAAGACGGGAUACCAAGAUGGUACGUCAGAUAAUAUUACAAAACUAUUGGAGAGGACAUAUUCACAAAUGGGAAGUCAGAGAGAUAUUGCCGAUAUGGUCAAAAUACGUGAACUUAGAUCCACUCGGUUAACAGUGAGGACAAUAAGUAUUCAGGAUGCAAAGGAAGGUAAAAAUCAAACCGAGCAGAAUAAAACAGCUAUAAAUAAUCAAAAGGAAUUCUAUGAUCAACAGAAAACUUUAGUACGCUCUAAUUCAAGUCUUCAGACUGAUAGAACUCAAUAUCCGUUGUAUUGUACGAGUCCAGAACUUAAAUUUAACACAAGUUCACAAAGACCAGUGUCAAAAAAGAAUGUUCGGAGUAUACGUGAAGAACAUAGUCAAAGACUAGCUCAAACUGAGCUUCUUAAUAAAACAAGAUUUCCAUAUUUGGAUUUUUAUAGAGCUCAUACAAGUGUUAACCUUCCGUUAGGUGAACUACUUCCGGCUGUUGAUCGUAGUCUAAAAAACAAAAGUGGAAAAUCUAAAACAUAUGUUUAUGAAAAUGUGCCAAAUAUAACUCCAGUUCGUGAGUCUCCACAUGGAGUAGAUAGAGAAUCAACAAACAUUAAUUCAGAUCAACCCCCUCAUACAUUAGGAGGACCACCAUUUAAAGAACAAAUCAAAACACCCGAAGCAUUAAAAGGGCUACCAUCGUACAUGUUGGACAAUUACCAGAGUUCUGGUCAGUGGUUACGUAACCAAUCGCUUAAAGCUACGGAGGGAAGUAAUUCGGGAGUACGGCUCUCUGGUAAUCCAGAUAAAGACUCCAAAAAGAAACUAAGAGAAGCAUUUUCUAGAUUUUACAAUACACGUUCUAGUAUGAAAAAUAGGGACUGGGCAAGCGAUUAUAAGUAUAUAUGGAACGCUUAAGCCGGUGUGCUUUAUUGUUUGUUGAAUGGUUGUUACAGUUUUUAUUAUUGAAUUAAAUUUGUUUUAUUAUUUG